AUGCAUAUGCGUUACGACCCUUUAUUAGAUUAUACCCAGCCGCUGACGGACCAUGACGUAGAAGAACCCAGGACACCGUCAAAACGGUUGAACAUGGACAAACCCUGGGGCCGGCUAGUCUGUCUGAACGGCAGAACUAAAGUUAUAGAUUUAGUGAAAGACUCGUACAUCAUCGGACGCUCGAAAGAUGCUGACAUUGUUGUGGACGAUUGUCCGAGCUGUUCGAAGAAGCACUGCCGUAUUCGAUUGGUGGAGGAUAUGCCUUGUCUUCAAGACACUAGUUUCAAUGGAACACUGGUGAAUGGGAGACGGAUCGUCAAGCAAAAGGCGUCUUUAACAAACCGGGCAGAAAUUGAGAUCAAAUGGGACCAAUACUUUGUGUUCUACAAUUUGCUCGAUGAUCCCUCUUUUGAAGAUACGAACCGCCAGAUUAUCAACAACAGAUACUAUAUAUUCGAGACGCAAACUCUAGGAGCGGGGUCAUUUGCAACAGUUUAUCUGGCGAUUGAUCUUGAUACCUGCGAACGGUUGGCAUGCAAGAUCAUCGACAAACGAAAGGCAAAGUCCAGUAAAGGGAAUCGCGAAGAGCAUAAACAUAGUAGCGAUAGUGUGAUCGAGCAGGAGAUUUCUAUACUGAAAAGCGUCAAACACCCAAACAUUGUUCAAGUCAAGGACGUUGUACAUACAGAAGAGUUUGUGUGCAUCUUUCUCACACGAGUAACGGGAGGAGAGCUUUUCGACUACAUCCUGCAUACCGAUGGCGUUCAAGAGCAUGAAGCGAAAUUUAUCUUUUACCAAAUACUGUUGGCGGUAAAGUACCUUCACGGAAUGAAUAUUACGCAUAGAGAUUUGAAGCCAGAGAACCUUCUACUCGAAUCGCCAAAGCCUUUCAGUCGACUGAUAAUCACAGAUUUUGGAAUGGCCAAAAUGCUGGGAACAUCCCUAGAGCGCAUGCGAACAAAAUGUGGGACAUUUAGCUACUUGGCCCCAGAAGUACUUGACAGUAAUGUUAAAGGAGGCUAUUCAAAACGAGUGGAUUGUUGGUCAUUAGGUGUCUUGCUCUAUACCCUGCUUGGUGGCUACCUGCCAUUUGGUACUGACGACAACCCGACAGAACUCAGUAAACGCAUACGAGAAGCAGAGUUCGACUUUGGAGGACCAGAGUGGAGGCAUGUCAGCAACGAUGCAAAAGACCUCAUUUGCCGCCUCCUGGAGAUUGACCCGGAAAGGCGACUCACAGUGGAACAAGCCCUCCAGCACCCUUGGAUCGCAAGUCAAGAGGACUUACUCUGUCGACUAUACGCUAGGAUGUUGAGAAAGUCUGAAGCUGCUGCCGCACGUUUUCGGAGCAAUGGAGAGGACUUGCCGUUUGGUACCCAUUAG